UGUCAACAAUUUUUAUCUUGUGUGUUUAUUUGGGCCUCUUGUCAGACUGACCUGGUAUUUAUUUAUUGAUAUUUGUGAAAUUCCCCAUUAUUUUGCACUACUAUUCCGGACGAACCCACCAUCCGAAUUUAUCACCAACAAUGGGCUCCCCAUUGGAGAAUCUCGAAACCAAUUUGGAAAUGUUUAUCGAGAAUGUGCGCCAAGUCAGGAUUAUUGUUAGCGACUUUCAACCUCAGGGACAACAAAACGUUUUGAAUCAGAAAAUUCAAGGCAUCGUAACCGGUCUGCAGGAAAUCGACAAACUGAAAAAUCAAGUGCAGGAUGUACAUGUUCCAUUCGAAGUCUUCGACUACAUCGAUCAAGGAAAGAAUCCACAGCUGUACACAAAAGAUUGCAUAGAGAAAGCGCUAACGAAAAACGAAGAAGUCAAAGGUAAAAUUGACGCGUACCGUAAAUUUAAGACAAACAUGCUGAUGGAACUGCAGAAAACCUUUCCCACUGAGCUGAAUAUGUACAGAGCAUUGCGCCCAGAUGAUUAACGGCAGACAAAGAAUUUAUUUUUAAUAAACCAUUCAAUUGAAUUCAGUAAGACAA